AUGUCGCAGUGUACCUCGAAUUGUGAAGCAUCUAAGCGAAGGAAAUAUCUGGAAAUCCAAAUCAACGCCCUCAAAGGUAAGCCUCUCAAAUGUUAUAUCGAAAAUGAAACGCUUGCUAUGUAUUGUGCAAUCUUUUGUCAUGUAGAAAAUAUGUGGCCUAAGACCUUUAUACUUUUUUUAAAAUUUCUUCGCCUUUUUAGAGAGGGUUGAUAGGAAUCCGGAGGUUUACCACGAAUUCUUUGGAAAUUCUGACUUCAGCGACUUCCAGAUCAAGGCCGGUGGUAAAACUUUCUACGUAAGCUUUGUUAGUUGAUUUAUUCCGAUUUAGGUAACAAAAUACCAACUGGCACACAAGUCUAAGGUAUUUGCUAAUAUGUUCAUGGUCAAUAUGAGGGAGAAGAAAGAAGGCGUUAUGAAGAUUGAUGCAGAUGCGGAGACCGUGGAGGCCAUGCUUGAAUACAUUUACAUGUUCAAGAAGGUCAAAGGAAGCGAGUUGGCGCGAAAAGUUGUUCAGCUGGCCCAUUGUUACGAAAUCGAUGAUCUCAAGGUGAAUUUGGAUUCGAAUUUUUGACAUUAUUCUUGUUAAUUAUGAUUAAUAAUAUAUUUUAUUGUCUAUUUCGAUUAAUCAUCGAUUUUAAGGAGCAAUGUGAGCUCGAGAUCUUGGAGAAUCUGACUGUGAAUGAUGCUGAAGACAGUUUGUUAUUAGCGGCGCAACUCAAACUUCCACUGGUGUUCUUGAAAUGCAACGAGUUCCUUCUGAUGAACUUUGUCGACUUUGGCGAGACUGUUAUUACUCUCAGGUCAAAGCGAAUACUUUUUCACAAUGGUCGCUGCUGGUUUUUUACUGUUACCAACCUUAGUGAAGCGGAGGUUGCUUUCAUGGUCUAUAGCUCCGAACCAUUGACAUCUCGCAUGAAGUUUAAAGUGAUUCAGCCCUUCGGGGAAGUGACUCUGGCCUCAGACGAGCUGACCCAUCCAAAUUGCCCUACUUCAUCGAUGGGUUUCGUUUAUUUUGCACCAUACGUUGAGGGUUUGCACGAUUAUGAUCAACUUCAUCUUCUUCCAAACGCCCGCUAUCUGCCUGUUGAGUUUAAAGAUAUAAAAUAA